GCGCUAUAUGGUUCAGAAAACUAUACUCUCGUCAUAACACACGUGGGAUGGUGUUUGCGAAGAUGACUUCGCACUUGGAUUGUUGAUCCGGGAUAUGUCGCGACCGCCGGGGAGUAAAUUCGCUGAUUUUUUCCCAACUGCACCCAGCGUCAUUACCCAGAGGAAACCUUCAAAGCUACUCGACAUCGACAAAACCCUGCCUCGCUGUACUGACGACCGCGCCGAAGAUGCGCACGCGAAAACAACUUUUAACCACGCUGCACUGAAUCUCCCAGCCUCCGAAUCGUCAUCGGCGACGCAACAGGGCGACUCGGCCAAGCUUAGCAGCGACAAGCUGACACAAGAAGACAACGAUCGAUUUUCAGCCGAUCUUCUCAAUGGUGUCGGAUCGGCAAGUUCGUCAAGCACCGCUUCAUCGGUCUUCAGCGCUCCUCUCACGAACCCAAUCGCGAUGUCGGGCACAAAUCAUCCUAUCCUUACGCCUCUCACAAACUCUGAUUCCCCUUCGAACGGGAAGUCGAUCAGCCCGAUCACCGAGAACGCUCAUGCCACCAUGAAUAGCAUCACCGCUACCUCCUCCUUGAACGGCGGUUCCAUGACGCCGCUGCAUACACCGCCAGCGCAUCGAAGAACGGCGCGUGAUCCAAGCUUCCAGCCCAAAGGUAGCAAAUGCACCUAUGACCCCGAACUGGAUAAAAACUUGAACUCUAAGGACAAACGCAAGAUGAAGGCGCAGUUCGAGAGUUUUGGAGUCAAGGCUGAGGACAAUUCGCGUUCGAACGAUCCCCGUCUAUCGAUACCAAACUACAUAAAAGGCGGCAUCGGUAAAGGAAAAGCGAAAUUUCGCCCUGCUCCGUACAAUCUCAAGUCGUGGACACCCGAUGCUACCAGCGCAGUCACCUCAUCGCCUGCGACCACAGUGGUCGUUACAGGUUUUGACCCGAUGACACCUCUGUCCCAAAUCAGCGCACUGUUUUCCAGCUUUGGCGAAAUUGGGGAUAUGGACAAUAAGACCGAUCCCGUUACCGGCCGCUUUUUAGGGAUAUGCAGCAUCGACUACCGGGACUGUCUUUCAUUCCAGGGCGGAGGACCUAUCUCUGCAGUCGUUGCAGCCAAGACUGCCUAUCUCGAAGGCAAGCGCGGACAAAGAAUAGGUCUCAAAACUGUCCAGAUAGCCGUUGAUCGCGAUGGCUCUGUCACAGAGAAGCUGGUUGAAAGGGCGAUUGCUCUGCAUCGAAAAGAGAGUGGAUUUACGAAUCAAUCCCAAUCACGAACCCAGCCGUCACCUUCUCCUUCCACACCUGUCGGCACACCGUCUGCAUUUGUCAAAUCGACUGGACCACCACCGACUGCGCCUAAGGGUCCGUCUUUGAAACCUCCAAUGCGUCCACAAUCCGCUUUCCAUGCACACACGCCUUUCGCACCUACCCCCUUCACCCCUACACCUUUCACAGCUACGCCAUUCUCGCCCAUCGUUAAGGCCGAACGACCACCGCCUGCCAAGCCUACAGGCCCGACUCUUGUCGAAACAACGCCCAUUGCUGAAACGUUGAAGGUGCCCUACCUGUUCAUAGCGCAUUGCUAUGUCCCUGUCAUGAACAGUACCGUACCACAUCUGAAGAAGAGAUUGAAAAUGUACGACUGGCGUGAUGUUCGUUGCGAUGAAACUGGAUACUUCAUCACCUUCGAGCAAUCGCGGAACGGACAGAUGGAAGCGAAAAAGGUCUUUCACGGAUGUCACAUGCAACCGUUGUUCACAUAUGUGAUGAAUCUGGAGCUCCAUCUGAACGGUCAUCCGAAGGCUCUCAGCACCACUACCCCGACUGAACCAGCAGUACCGACGGGACCGGUUGACUUUGUAUACUCAAAGCAGGCUUAUAGGCUACGCAAGGAACAUGAUCUAGAUCUCGAGGAAGAGAAAAGGCAGCGUGCCAGGGAUCUGGACCCAUCUCGCGCUGUGAUCCAGCUCGUCAUACAAGAAUUAAGGGACAAGCUGCUCGAAGAUGUCAAAUCACGGAUAGCUGCGCCAGUCCUUUACGACUAUCUUGAUCCGACCAGACAUACUGAAAGGCGGAAGGCGCUCGGAUUGGACGAGCCCGGGGGAACUUGGAAACCAGCGUUGACCGACGAAGGCUCCCGGACACCAGAUUCUCGCUUGGGCAUAGGCUCGAUCAGCAGGCGGCCCCUAAUGAGCAAGAACCUCAAUAUCCUCUCGUUGCCCAAGAUAGGGAAGAAGCCUGGAACGGACCGCGGAAUGAUCGGAUUUCGUGAUGAGAGGAGAAAGGCUCCACCAGCAAGACAUAAUGUGCGCUCUUUAUACCAUCAGCUUGCCCAAUUCCAUGAUGAGGAAGAUUCCGAUGACGAGCAACGGACAACCAUUACCCGAGAUACCGAAGAUCUGGACAGUCGUCCUGCCAGUCGUAUGAGUAUGACCUCCGUGUCUGACGAUGACGAUGAACUUCUACGAAAGGCAACUAAACGUCGACUACAUGCACGCGAGGAAUCCGAGAUGGGAGACGGCGUCAUCAAAGAUGAGGCUGACAGCAAGGGUGCCACCGCAGAAGACUUGGUCAUUGCAAAGCUGGAGAGGAGCAUCUAUGAGAUGUCUCCAUCUUCCCGCAAGCGCAAGCGGCUCGUCAAAGAAUUGGAGGCGCGAAAACGUCAGAAGGCCGAUGAUGAGCUCUUCGGUGUCGCCCGUACUGAUCUUGAGCGUGAGGAAUCUGAAGACGUGAAGAUGCAGGAUCUCGAAACCCCACUCGAGGGCACUCCGGAUGUCGAGUCUGACGUGCCCAAGCCAGUGAUCAAGAAGCCCAAAACGAAGAAGAAGACCAAGAAACAGAUCCGUGAGGAACAGGAGGCGCUUCGACAAGCGCAGGCAGAAGCAGAAGCAACCGAGGUUGUGGAUAACGUCCUCGAAUAUGCCGAAGAGGAAGAAGCGCUCGCGGAAGCAGCUGAUUGGCGACCCGAGGUCGAAUGGGGCGUCUCGGCAGAGGAGCCGCUUCCUACUGUUGAUGAUGACGAGGAUAUCGUGCCCGAUCUUCGUGGCUGGCAGGCCAGCAUCUUCGACGACGAAGAUUUAGAAUACUUGGCGUCAGCGUUGAAGUCAAAAAUGGCGAUGGACAUUGGUGAUCCUAUGGCAUGGGCCUGGAAGCAGGAAAAGAUCCGCAAUCUCAAACCCGGAUCUCAGCCAGGAGGCUUGCGGACGGAGCCUCCAAUCAGCGGUUACUAUGUGCCGAACCCGACAGGUUCCGCACGAACAGAGCCCAUUCGAAAGAUUCUCGAGUCGGAGAAGUCGAAAUAUCUUCCUCAUCGCAUAAAGGUGCAGAAGGCAAGGGAGAGGCGCGAAGCUGAAGCAAAGAAAAAUCCAAACGCUCAGAAACCGACCGUCGAACUUCCCAAAGCAUCUUCCCGUGGCAAACGUGCCGAUGACCGACGUACAGUCAAAGACCUGGACAGGCAGAGAGAGAUGCUGCAGGCAAUGGGUGAUGAUGCCGACGUGCUUCGGUUCAACCAGCUACAAAAGCGCAAGAAGCCGGUCAAAUUUGCCCGAUCCGCCAUUCACAACUGGGGCUUGUACUCGCUCGAACGCAUCCAAGCGAGCGAAAUGAUCAUCGAAUACGUGGGAGAGAAGAUCAGACAGGAAAUCGCAGAUCUGCGGGAGAUCAAGUAUACGGAAAGUGGCAUCGGCAGCAGCUAUCUUUUCCGAAUUGAUGAAGGCACCGUUGUCGACGCAACGAAGAAAGGUGGCAUCGCGCGAUUCAUCAACCACAGCUGUUCGCCGAACUGCACUGCCAAGAUCAUCAGGGUUGGCGGCACCAAACGAAUCGUCAUCUACGCAUUGCGAGAUAUCGAGAAAGACGAGGAGUUGACUUACGAUUACAAGUUCGAGCGUGAAAUCGAUAGUGACGAUCGUAUACCGUGUCUCUGUGGCUCGGCGAUGUGCAAGGGCUUCCUCAACUAACAUCGUUUGGCGUUUGGUACGUCGAGAUGAAACAUUCCACGCGACGUACCAGCAACUCGCGCAGACAAAGCGCAGAGGCAUCAAUUUUCCCUUUUUUUGUAAGUGCAUGUGACGAUAAGAAGAGCAUCUUGGUCGGCGUUUCCACCUGUGCAUGAAUUUGGGGGGGUUUCUUGAAAGGAAAAAGCACCAGCAUGGGUUUCAAACCAA